AUGUCGUCCCAAGAUACAUCCCAAGAUUCACAACUCUCCACUCAAUCCUCCCCUUCCACAUCCACAUCCACAUCGCCAUUGCGCAGAACAAUGUCCGUCACCCAGACCUACUACCUCGCCCACACGGCGCGAGGCAAGCUAUCCACCGAGGCCUCCCGUCCAGAUCACAACCUCCGUCUCCUCGUCGGCCAUGCCAACCUGCUCGAUUCCUUAAUGCUCGACCUUGCCGAAGCCGAGCAGGAACAGGAAAUCUGGUUCAACCAAUCCGUUAAGAAAGCCACCCGCACCGAAGAGCCCAGGCACAUCCAAUGGGCGGAUUCCGUAGUCGAGGAUCCUGCCGACGAUUGGCAAGCUGAGGAUGCCGAUUCGUCAGACUCCGACAGCGACUACGAUUCGGAUGAGGACGUCGAGAUGGAGGCCGACAUGGUCCCUUUACAGCGCGUCCCAUCCGCCAGCAUCAUCACAUCAUACACCGAGGUCGAGGAGGUCUACGACGAAGAUGAGGAGGAGGACCUCGAAGGCCUCGCAUUACACCUCACACAAUCACAUUCCACAUCAUCACCACCACCCGAAUUAGAUCACGACUCGGACGAGUCAUCAGAAGACGAAUCCAUGCCUCCCUCUCCCUCCGCAGACCCUUUACCCUCGUUCUCAGAGAAGCAACGACAACAAAUCGCAACGACCGGCUACUACUCGAAUCCCCAACCCUCAUCCUCGAUACCCCCGUCCGAGAAGCAAGCCUUCUUCGCUGAAGGUCUCUACUUGCCUCCGCGGACAGGGCCGGGCUUAAUCAGCACCAUCAGCGUGUUCUAAGCCUUCUUCGAUUCGAGACCUGCACGCGUAUACCGAAGCCUCGCGCUUCUGCGUCCGACAUGUCUCCGGGUUAUAAGGCGGGGGACGCGUAUACUGAAGCCGCGACAGCUUCUGCGCCCCCGGUCUUUUGUCAGUUUUCGAGUUACAGCACUUCAGUUCAGCGAUUUGAGCGAUUCUCAGCGGGCAUUAGGGUCGGCGUUUAAAAGAUACACUUUUUUAUUAUAUCAUAUAUCAUUUCAUUGGUGGCUUCGGGAACAGGAUUCACAGUACACCCACAUAUGCUCAUACAUGGCGAAGGAAGGAUAUCACGGAGGGAAUAUCAAUAUCAACCACGCUACUCAUGCGGAGCAUUGGAGUUACGGAUGGUGGAUUUAUUACUCUCUUAAUGCGGGAUGGAGCAUCAUGUGUCUACUUGGGAUAUUAUUUGCUAGGGUAUAGAAAACCAAUGC